AAGCAGAGUUUCCUCCUCAAUUGCCACACUCAAGAUGCUGAGACUAUCUUCUUCUCUGUCUCUGACAGCUCGUAGGAGAAGCGACGCCGCGAUAUCUUCCCGUCCGGCGUUACAAAAGGGAGCGGGGCCGCUGCGGACACUGCAGGGGUAGCAUCAGUAGCAUCAAUAGGAGCGGCCGCAUCUACGAUGUUGGCAUAUGAGAAGAGAAAACGGGGGGAGGGGGUGGGGGGAGUCCGGGUCCAAUACGUGCAAUCACGCCUCAAUAUCUGCGCACCCACACUGCUCCUGCUCACACCUUCGAUCCUCACCGCCUAUCUAUCCAUCCUACCCCACAGUGACGCGCCAUUCCUCCGCGUGUUCACCAACGCCGUUCCUUCCGUCGGUAUCCCCACCAUCUCUAGAUAGCUCGAGCUGCGGCCUGACGAGGGGCAGUGGUCCAGCGCCAUCUAUCCCUUGCGACGGGCGCUUGCUUUCUUCCGUCGGCGCUGCAGGCUCGUCAACUUUUCCCCCGAGGCCCGGCGCGAUGGCGCAGCUCGUAUUGUUCGACUUGGUCGGCGUCUUGAUCUCGAGCAGAGGCCUCAUCCUGCUCACGUUUGCACUGGUCGAUGCGGAAACAGAGCCGCGCGGGUUCGCGAAGCCCUAGACUCCAUUCUUGCUAUCGGCGGCAUUCAUGGGUUGGCAUCGGCCGUUGAAGUGCUGAUGCGGGCAG